AAUGAGAGGCGCAUUAUCUGUUGUCCUCGUGUAUCUGCCACAUUGAGUCAUUUGCUUUUUCUUUUACAUGUGGAUAACGUGGUUAAAUUUGUACUCAUUUCCGAAUAUAUCUACACCUUCUAUAUUGCUGGUGAGAUGUUUGGCUUUUUGUUCUUCGUGCUGACGGCGCACAUCGCUUAUGGAGACGUGAGCUAUUCUUUCCCGGAGGAGAUGAAACGCGGAUCUGUGAUUGGAAAUAUAGCAAAGGAUCUCGGGCUCGAUGUGAACAGACUGUCAUUUCGUAAGGCACGCGUUGAUGCUGAAGGUAACAGAAAACGAUACUGUGACAUUAAUGUGAAUACUGGAGAACUGACCGUAGCGGAGAGAAUUGACAGAGAGGGGCUUUGUGGAAAGAAAGCUUCAUGUGUUUUAAAUCAAGAUUUCGUGCUGGAGAAUCCUCUAGAAUUACAUCGUAUCAGUCUUCGUGUUCAAGAUGUUAACGACAACAGUCCUAAUUUCGGUAAAGAUGAGAUUAAUUUGGAGAUCAGAGAAUCCGCCGAUAAGGGCAAACGCUUCUUACUUGAAGCAAAUGAUGCGGAUAUUGGGCAAAAUUCUAUACAAAGCUAUGCUAUUCAAAGUAAUGGUUAUUUUCUUUUAUCCGUGCAAAGCAACUCUCUUGGAGAGAAAUACGCCGAACUCAUUUUAAACAAAGAGUUCGAUCGCGAACGCGAGCAUGAGGUAACAUUAAUUCUCACUGCGGUAGACGGCGGGACUCCACCGAGAUCAGGUACUGUAGCCAUACACGUCUCUGUGCUGGAUGCUAAUGAUAAUGCUCCAGUCUUUAGUCAGACCGUCUAUAAAGUCAGUCUGCCUGAAAAUUCUCCUCUAGAUACUGUAGUGGUGACAGUGAGCGCUACUGAUGCUGACGAGGGACAAAAUGGAGAAGUGACUUAUGAAUUUAGCCAUGUUAUGGAAAACUACAAACAAUUGUUUUACCUUGAUCGAAAGACAGGUAUCAUCAGCAUAAAAGGGCCAAUAGAUUUUGAGGAAGAAGCCACGCUUAGUCUGCGAAUAAUAGCUAAAGAUGGUUCAGGUCUAACAUCUUACUCGAAUGUUAUAAUCAGUAUAAGUGACAUUAAUGAUAACUCUCCUAUACUAAUAGUAAAAUCUUUGAAUAGCCCGAUACCUGAGAAUGCAUUACCCGGUACAGAGGUUGGCAUCAUUAAUGCGCAGGACAGAGACUCUGAU